AUGUUGUCAAAAUUAUCAAUAAUAAAAGGAAGAGGAUUAAGAAAUUUAUCUUUAAGAAAAAGAAAUUUUGCCAAAAUUAUGGAACAGAAUGAAGAAUAAGAAAUCAAAAAAUUAGAUAUCAAGUAAGAAAGCUAAAAAGAAAUUUAAGAGCUGAAGGCUGUAAAACUUAUAAUAAAGAAUUUAGUACACUUAAAUUGAACAUCGAAAUGACUAGGGGUUGAAAUAUCACCUUAGCUGUAUGCACUCUCAUAAAAAUUCAUAACAUUUAUAAAACUAUUUAUGA